UAUUUCUCAAGAAUGGAGGCGUGCGGGUAGAAAAGAAAAUCUAUUGAUGUGGAGACUGAAAACACAUUUAAGAAAAAAGGGGGUCAAGAGCGAAAAAAGGAGGACACUUCCAAGUCACAGCAUUAAGACUCUAAAGUCGCUCUCCGUUUAUGGUUUAACCCAGAAACUUUCAAUAAUGGGAUGCGGGAGAUCAGCUCAGCCCUCCAGCAGCUGUUCAGGGGGCCGAGGAUAGGACCAUCAGUGCUCUGCUGUUUCUCCUCCUUGAGUCUGGAUGCGAUCAGAGCUCAGAUGCGUAAAGCUGGAGAGGGCAGCCCUCUGAGGAGCCUUUCCUAAAGUCUAAAUCCGGCUUUUCUCCCUCAUCGUGACACUAAAUCGAUCACUUUCCAGCUUCCAGAAGCGGAUGGAGUGAACUGUGCCAAAAGAGGAGGGGGGUAGCAGAGACUGCAGCUCGGUUGCGUGUGAUGAUAGGAGACACAAUGACGCUCCUGUCUCUUCUGGGUCGGAUCAUGCGCUAUUUUCUCCUCAGGCCGGAGACGUUGUUCUUGUUGUGCAUCAGUCUGGCGCUGUGGAGCUACUUCUUUCACACCGACGAGGUGAAAACCAUCGUCAAGUCCAGCCGGGAUGCCGUGAAGAUGGUGAAGGGGAAAGUGGCGGAGAUGAUGCAGAAUGAGCGCCUGGGAGGCCUCAGCGUCCUGGAUGCGGAGUUCUCCAAGACGUGGGAGUUCAAGAAUAAUAACGUAGCCGUGUACUCCAUACAGGGCAGGAGGGACCACAUGGAGGACCGCUUCGAGGUGCUCACCGACAUCACCAACAAGAGCCACCCGUCUAUAUUCGGGAUAUUCGACGGCCACGGCGGAGAGGCUGCAGCUGACUAUGCGAAGGCCCACCUGCCAGAGUCUCUGAGGCAGCAGCUGCAGGCCUUUGAGAGGGAGAAGAGGGAGAGCGCUGUGUCUUACGCCAGCAUUCUGGAGCAGCGCAUCCUGGCCGUGGAUCGGGAGAUGCUGGACAAGCUCUCCACAAACCAUGAUGAAGCAGGUACAACAUGCCUGAUGGCGCUGCUGUCAGACAGAGAGCUCACUGUGGCCAACGUUGGAGACUCCCGCGGGGUGUUAUGCGACAAAGAUGGGAAUGCUGUUGCAUUGUCACAUGACCACAAGCCAUAUCAACUUAAAGAGCGCAAGAGGAUCAAGAGGGCAGGAGGCUUCAUCAGUUUUAAUGGAUCCUGGAGAGUUCAGGGAAUCCUGGCUAUGUCGCGCUCCCUUGGCGACUACCCUCUCAAGAACCUCAACGUGGUCAUUCCCGACCCAGAUAUAAUGACCUUUGACCUGGACAAACUGCAGCCCGAGUUUAUGAUCCUAGCCUCUGAUGGUCUCUGGGAUGCUUUUAGUAACGAGGAAGCAGUGCGCUUUGUCCGCGAGCGCCUGGAUGAGCCUCACUUUGGUGCCAAGAGUAUUGUCCUCCAGUCGUUCUACCGCGGCUGCCCUGACAACAUCACAGUUAUGGUGGUGAAGUUUAAAAGUGGAGCUGGGGGGAGUAGUAAAGCUGGUGAUUAGGUUGGGGGAGGAGUUUAAAGCUCACACUGUGAUCAGAAUAAUUUUUUUCCUCCCUCAUUUGGAUGCAGCAGGAAGAGCUUUGAUGAAAACAGGAAACCUGAUUAGCGGAAACAUGACAAGUCCACACACAAAUGUCCUUACAUAUAAAAAUAAAGCUAUGUUUUAUGUUCCUGGGUUCAAAAAAACAACAUUUAAACAUACUAUAACUAACCUGUGUAUGACUGACAGUUGUUUUAAAAAAGCAAGUACAGAACCACCACAGACACAAGGGAUGUUCUCUUAACCAGCAUAUACCAGACUGUGACUGCAUUUCUCCUGUUUACUUUAACUUACACAUGAACGGUACAGCUCCACUGGAAGCUUUUUAUGGGAUGCUUUAAGGAAACUGUGUUACUUUGGAAAGGUGCUAAAAAUGCAACUGCAAAACCACCAUCUAGCUUGUGGCAAUACGAUGAUGCUCUGAAUUGUAUGUAUCUUUUUUUCUUGAACAGAAGUAAUUUGUCAAAUUCAGCAAGGCUGCAGUGGAUCCAAUAUGUUUAACUAACUUCAGGCAAUGCUCCACACAGAUAUAACCUUAGAGUAUGUAAAAGCCGCCCCCUGCAUACUUGAAUGGUUUCUGUUAAGUGUCGGAAGUCACGCCCUUAGCAUGCAUUCAGCAUGAAUGCAUUCCGAACUGCAUGGAUUCUAGAAAAAAAAAAUCUUGAUACCAGUAAUAGGACAUCAGACCACAUAUUACUCUAGAUGUUACAUGGCAGGUCCUGCAUUUAAAGAACUCUUAAGAAGCACAUGUUUCUACAUCUGUAAGCUGUCUUGCAAAAAGGUAUAAGGUCAAAACAAUAUAAAAAGGAAACUCAAGACUCUUUAUUAGGAAUUAUGGAUUUGCUAAUUCAUUUUUUUGUUUCUUUUUAAAGAAAAAUACUUCUGUAUGAAAUAUAACACAGUUAAAGACCAGUCUUUCAUUUCUUUCAUUAUUAUUGUAUAAGUUUGUAUUUCAUUAUUACAUAAUGCAAACUAACUUAUACAACACUUGUUUUUGUGUGCCUGUCUUGUAAGAGGCAUACAAAUACAUAAUGAUCAGACAUCAUCUUCCUCUGCACAUCGA